AUGAGUACUAAUAAUUGGGAAGUUAAACCAACAAAAACUCAAAAUAACAAUUAUAAAGUUGUUUUAAUUGGUGAUAGAAAUGUUGGAAAAUCCACCUUUAUAUAUAAUUUCAAUGAUCAAGGCAAAGAAAUUAUAAUAAGUGGAAAACGAAACAAAAAUACAAAGAAAAUUAAAAUAAUUAAAAAAAAUAAACAAAAAUUAAAAUUAGAAAUUAGUAAAUAUGAAGAAAAAUCAUUAGGAGGAGUUGACAAAUCGUAUUUCAUGAGCACAAACUGUUUUUUUUUAAUGUUUGAUGUUACCGAUGAAGAUAGCUUACUUAGUUGCAAAAUAUGGCUUAGAGAUAUUAUCAAAUUUUCAAGACCAAACACUCCAAUUAUACUUUUGGGAAAUAAAAUAGAUCUCGCUGAUGAAAAAAUAAUUGAACCUUAUCAAGCUAAUGAAUUUCUAUACAAUGUACGUGAUCAAUUAAAAAUAAAACAAGAAAUACCCUAUUAUGAAUUUUCAUCAAUUGCACCAAAUGAAAAAUAUUACAACAAAAUUUUUAAAAAAUCAUAUCAACUAAUAAAUGAAAGAUUUAAUAGUUCACCACCACCAUCACCAAAUAAAUCGCUAUCGUCAUCACCAAAUUCAAAAACAACAACCACUACCGCCACCGGAACAAGAAAUAGUAAUGAAGAUGAUCAAAAUUCAUCAUUGUUUUCAAAAAGAGGUAGCAUUUUAAUUUCAAAAUUAACAAAUCUUUUAAAAAAAGAAUAA